UGUCAUCAAUCCUUCGCAAGUGCUAUAAUGUUUCUGCUUACAUGGCUUCUUUGGUUCGUUUUCGUUGGAUCUGGAGAAGCUGUAGUAAAAGUUCAUAACAAUGGAACAUUUCCACCAGGUUUCAUAUUUGGUGCGGCAGUAGCAGCUUAUCAAGUUGAAGGCGCUUGGAAUAUUGAUGGAAAAGGAGAAAGUAUUUGGGACAAUUUCGCCCACAGAGUACCUUCUCCUAUACGAGAUAACGACACAGGCGAUAUCGCUUGUGAUUCCUACCACAAAUAUAAACAAGAUGUUCGUCUUGCAGCAGAACUUGGCUUAAAGAUGUAUAGAUUUUCUGUGGCUUGGUCUAGGAUUUUACCCACUGGCUACGCAAACAAUAUCAAUCAAAAAGGUUUGAAUUACUACAAAAACCUGGUAAAAGAAAUAAGAAAGUUCAACAUGAUUCCAGUGGCAACCAUUUAUCAUUGGGAUCUCCCACAAAAAUUAUACGAAGAUGGUAUUGACUGGACAACUACCGAUUUGAUUCCGCAUUUGGUAGAUUUUGCUAGAAUCGUUAUAAAAAAUUUACCAGAAGUUGGUGUUUGGCUUACUAUCAACGAACCCAAACAAGUUUGUCACCUGGGAUAUGGUGAUGGUUCUUUCGCUCCAGGCAUAAAAAGUGAUGGAUUAUUAGAAUAUCAGUGUUCUUACGUUCUUAUCAAAGGACAUGCUGCCAUAUACCACAUGUACAAAAAAGAAUUUCCUAAACGGACAGCUAAAAUGUCUUUGGCUAUCGAUUGCCAAUGGAUAGAACCUCUUAAUAAUACUUCUGAAAAUGAAGCAGCAGCAGAAAGGCAACGUCAAUUUGAAUGUGGUCUAUACUUCCAUCCGAUAUUCAAAGGAGAUUGGCCGGAAAUUGUCAAAAAAAGAAUAAGUGAACGAAGUAAAGCGGCAAACUAUUCCAAAUCCAGACUUCCCGAAUUGACAAAAGAAGAAAUUGAGUACGUUAAAGGAACACACGAUUUCUUGGGGUUAAAUCAUUAUAUUACGAUGUUAGCUAGGGAUACCAAAGAAGCAGCAGCUAAUGUAACUAGCUUUUGUGCUGAUGUUGGAGUUGUUGACUCAUUCGAUUCUGCUUGGGCUGUAGAAGCUAAUGGAAUUUUCGUGAUAGUACCUUUUGGAAUUUACAAAGUACUAAAAUGGCUGGUACAUGAAUAUGGACAACAAGAAAUUCUAAUAACAGAACUAGGAAUGGCUGACGAUGGAACAUACUUAAUUGAUUUUGACAGAAUAGAUUUUUAUUGGGAUUAUUUAUGUCAUGUUAUUCAAGCCAUUGACGAAGGAGUGAACGUUGUUGGGGUUAUAAUUUGGAGUUUAAUAGACAAUUUGGAGUGGAUAUAUGGUUAUAGUGCUCAUUUUGGCAUAUACCACAUCGACUUUAACGAUCCUGAGAGAUUACGACUACCUAAGUUAUCGGCGAGUUUCUUCAAAGAACUAAUAAAGUCGAACGCAUUAAAUUGUGGUAAGCCCAGAAGACACUGGCCUGGUCCGAUAAAACUACCAGCUUAUGAACCUAGUAAAAACUGAUAUUUGUUGUCAUACCUGUAGAAACCAUGUUAAUAAAAAAUUGCUUGCAUCAAA